UACGGUAAUCUAGAUGACGAUUCCGGAAGUACUCUGGAUGUUUACUUCGCCUUCCUCGCGUGCGCCAUUCAGUAGCGAACGCUCGUUUUUCAGAUAUGGUCCAACUGAACGUCAAACACGGGGAUGAGAGUCAAUUUCUCGUCGACACCACGGUAGAUGUUUCUUUGGAAACGUUAACACAUCAAGUUGCUGCUAUGUAUAAUGGCAUACUCAAAGUGGACAGGAUUUGUUCAGAAAUUGAGGAGCUUGCGGAGCACGGCAUCACACUUCCCCCGAAUAUGCAGGGGCUAACGGACGAUCAGAUCGUGGAUCUCAAGCUCCGAGACGAAUGGCAGGACAAAUGCGUCCCCAGCGGCGGGGCAGAGUUCAAGAAGGACGAAAUCGGAAGGAGGAACGGAUAUGCUCCAAACGGAAGAAUGAAAGAGGUUCUGAAGAAAACGGUCGAAGAAGCAAAAGCGUUAGUUUCAAAAAAACAAGUGCUGGCAGGCGUGUGCGUCACCAUGGAGACGGUGAAAGAGGCUCUGGACCAGCUCCGGGGCGCGGUCAUGAUCGUGUACCCCAUGGGCCUGCCCCCUCACGACCCAAUCAGGAUGGAGUUUGAGAACCAGGAAGAUCUCGCCGGAACACAGGCCUCGCUGCAGGUCAUCCCCGAGCAGGAGGCCCAGCUCUGGUGGGCAGCCAAGGAGCUACAGAGGGGCAAGAAGCUCCAGGACUACGUGGGCAAGAACGAGAAGACCAAGAUCGUCGUCAAAAUCCAGAAGAGAGGCCAGGGGGCGCCAGCGAGGGAGCCGGUGGUGAACGCCGAGGAGCAGAAGCAGAUGAUGCUGCACUACUACCGGCGGCAGGAGGAGCUCAAGAAGCUGGAGGAAGUGGACGAUGACUCACACCUUCAGUCCGAGUGGUCGGACAGGCAGGCGCUGAAGAGGCAGUUUCAGGGUCUCACGAACAUCAAAUGGGGUCCCCGGUGAACUCUUUCUCCAGAGCGGGGGGGGGGGGUCUGUUUGACCCUUACCCUUGGACUAGCACAGGUGUCGGGCCCCUUACCUGUGGACUCUCAGUGUGGCUUCUGACACGUUUCUGCUGAGCCCCGCUGGAGUUUCUUGGCUUUUCCUGGAUGCGCCUCGCCAGUUGGUUUAAGCAGCGCGUGCUAGUUAGCGUACUAGUCUUCAGUACUUGUGAAUUAAAAAUCUGGAAAAACUGAA